GUUGGUUGCAAGCAUCCUGGAUGCGAACCUGCUUAUCCUACACCAGUGUGUGAAAAGAAAUGCAAGGUGCAGAACCAAGUUUGGGAGGAAAAAAAGCAUUUCAGUGUCAAUGCGUACAGAAUAAAUUCUGAUCCAGAUGAUAUAAUGUCAGAGGUCUAUGAAAAUGGCCCUGUUGAAGUUGCUUUCAUAGUUUAUGAGGAUUUUGCCCACUACAAAUUUGGAGUAUACAAGCACAUUACCGGUGGCAUGAUGGGUGGCCAUGCCAUCAAGUUGAUUGGAUGGGGGACCAGUGAUGCUGGAGAGGAUUACUGGCUUCUCGCAAAUCAGUGGAACAGAGGCUGGGGUGAUGACGGGUACUUCAAGAUCAUACGAGGCAGAAACGAAUGUGGCAUCGAAGAGGACGUUGUUGCUGGAAUGCCAUCCACAAAGAAUAUGGUCAGAAACUACGGUGGUUCCUUUGGAACAGCUGUAGUUUGAUCACUGCCCUAGGCCUGAGAUACUAUCGGAUAGGAUAG